AUUAGAAGGCUUUGACAAAACGAAACAAAGGCAAGAUUCAUUUAAUUCAUUUAUUUGCGCAUGAUUGUUAGAACGCCUUAAUAAAUGGUGUUAGAUCUUGUAAAUCUUUAUAAGAGGGGCCAAUGAAGACUAAGCAAAGGGUAUCAGGAAACUAGUAACUAGCUAGUGAGAAGUGAGAAAUGCAACAGUAGUAGUCGGGGAAACUACACAGAGGGAAUCGGGGAAAGUAACCUCAUAAACCUGUGUGAAUUUAGAAAUCAAACAAUGGGAAUCAAGCAACUAGAAUGUGGGAAGUGAGAAAUUCAGCAGAGGGAAUCAGGAAACUUAGCAUUUGGGAUCUAGAUAUUAGAUUAUGGGAAUCAAGAAACAGGUGAAGCAGUGUGUAUCCAGAAACUAAGGUAGAACCAGGAGACAAGUAAAGCUAUGGGUAUAUCUCUGGGUGUCAGCUAUAAAACUGUAAAGGACAGUGAAAGAGGAAAUUUAAUGAAAUGUGUGUCAGAUAAUAAGUAUAGGGGGUUCCCCAUAAAACUGAAGAAAAAUACCUUUUCACUUUUACUCGAGUUUACACAUCAGAAGGAUGAUACAGCAGGAGUUUACUGGUGGGCAGAUGCUCAGUUUCUGCCACAUGAUGACACAGUCCUGUUUGUUACCUCAGGAGCAUUUGAACCAAGGACUAACCAUGCCUGGGUUCCCAUAACUAAUGUACCACAUGGCAGAGUAGUAAAGAUAGAACUUGACCGGCAAAAGCUAGGUGGAGAGAUAUUUUCAUAUACAAGAAUGGCAAAUCUUCCAAAAGUUCACAUGCAUCCUUCCGGUAGUUAUAUUGGUUACAUUGCACCAGAGUCAAUCAAAAUUGAAACAAUCAAACAUGAGGAGGUGUUCAACAAACAUAAGGACUUGCGUAUGUGCAACUAUCGAUUCAUAGCAUUUGCACCAAAUGGAAAACUAAUGGCAGUUUUGUUGAGUUGUUCAAGACAGUUUGAACUCAUGACAUGCAUGGUGGAUAAGGGCUUUGCUUUUCAUGAUAGAGCUGUUGACUUGAGUAAAAUGAUGAAAGAUUUCCGUUUAGUCCGUUACAAUGAACAUGUUGAAUGCAAGUGGUCAGCAGACAGCGAGUAUAUUGCCGUCUGCUCUUCCAAUCAGUUUAUGUUUGUUCUGGAUAAAAGUUUGCAACUGGUUGUGAACAUUGUUACAGAAAUACUGCCAGAUGAAGUGUUUCCAAGCUGGGCUUCAACAUUUGAUUUCAAUCCAUGUUCUUGUCACGAGCUGCUAGCAGUGGGCAUGAAUGACAGGUGUGUGUACUUUCUAAAUUUAGAAUCUAAAGAAAUAGUAGAGCAGACAGAGGCAUUAAGCAGUGAUGCUAUAGAUUGUUUACAGUACCAUCCAUUUGGAAGAUAUGUUGCCGUGGCAACAAGGAACUUCAACAUUUACUUAGUUGACCCAUGCGAUGGGAACAUACUUCACCAUUUUGACAUGCACGCAGAGAGCCCUAAUUUGAGACAGAGGGUUUUCAGUGUGCCAAAUUUUAUUCGUUUUUCAUUUUCAACAACUGGGGAACAACUUGCAACAACUACAAGUGAUGGGAAAGUUAGAGUGUAUCAGAUGCCAGUAUAUAUGACACUGUUUGACUUGUGUAAAUGGGCAAUAUUUACUCAGGUUCCUUCAACAAAAUUGAAUGAGUUACCAUUACCAAACCAAAUAGUCUCCAAACUUCUAGCAUUUCCAGUUAUGAAAUGAACAACCACAGUUUCAGUAGUCUAGGUGAUUGAAUACAUUGACUUUUAAAUAUGUACAAUAUAUGAACAUUGCAUAACUGAGAGGGUGAUUUAAAAAAUGUUCACCACAAGAAAAAGUAAUAUUACCUGAGGCGUUAGUUGAGGUCUGUAUUCAUAUUUCAAGCGGUGAACAUUUUUCUUAUUGCCCUUUCAGGACUUCAGUAUCUAUUUCAUUAUACAAAGAACAUAAUGAGUCAAACCAUUCAUGGAAAAGUCAACAUAUUGAGUUAAAUGAUUUACUGACUUAAUCAGUAAAAAGUAGAAUUGUACUCCAUGUAUUGUACAGUACAGGUUUUUUUGUAUAUAUUUUUUGUUCUGUUUUAGCUCAUCUGAAGUUUGUUUUGGCUGAGGUAUUAAUUCAGGUGAAAGGUCCAUCAUCUUGUGUCAUCAUUUUUUGUAUCUAUGAUGUUGCCUUUUAUUGUUACAAAAAUAAUGGCGCUACAUUACUGCCAACUUACAGCCCUAAGACCUGUAUAUUGGUUUCCAACAUGCAACUGUCACAUCUUUUUUGCUUUUAAGCAGAUUUAUUUAAAAUGCCUUAGAUGUUGAAGCCUUCUUACAUGCAAGUUACAACCAAUGAAAGGUGUUUGUAAAUUAUAUCAUUGUUUUCAUAUAUGUAGCAUCUUUGUUUAAAUAUUGUUUUAUACAUCUUGAGCACUUAAUUCCUUUUGUUGUUUAUUAUCUGUGAUAAAACAUAAUUCUUAUAACUUUUGAAACUUGUUUUUUUAUCUACAUUACUAUUUUUUAUAUAUUUCAUUAAAAUCAGUAUAUAAUUUG